UUGUGACUGUUAAUUCAUUUUGAUAUUAUUAUAUGGAUGUGUGUUGUAGUAGUAUCCAUUAUCCCCUUUAUUGUGAUAUAUAAAGCAAAGUAAAUUAUACAAGCUGGUAAUUCAUCUUCUUUGCUUUUUUUUUUCUAUUUUUCUUUUACUUUAUUAUUAUUUUAAUGAAACUUGACGAAAAAAUAGCUAAAAGAUAUCCCAAGCUUGAGGAAGCAGUAAAUUAUUAUGGUGGAAAGCAUGAUAAACAGCAUCUAUUUUGGGAAGAUAAUGUUGGCAAUGAACUAAGCAUUGUAGCUGCUGAACCUAACAAGUUAACGUGGGAAUUCGCAGUUAAAGAAAACCAUUGUAAUCAAUUAGGUAAUCUUCAUGGAGGGUGUGUAGCUACUUUGAUUGAUAUUUGCAGUAGUUAUGCCAUCUUGGUUGCUACCAGCCAUAAACCAUGGAAUUUGAUAGGCAUUUCUACUGAUCUCUCUGUCGCCUAUUUGAGAGGUAUCUCUGAAGGUGAAAUUAUUCGUAUUGUAUGUGAAGUGCAGAGAGUUGGUUCAACAUUAUCCAAUAUUUUUACAAGAAUUUAUGACCAAGAAAACCGUUUAUGUUAUUCUGGAUCACAUACUAAAUUUAACAUUGAUUCAAGAUUAUGAUUGGAUAAGAAAAGUUUUUUUUUUUCCUCUAAUAAUGUUGCUGAUGCUGAAUUUAAAAUUUUAACACAAUAACAAAGAAUAGAAUUGAGGGGGGGAAGAGUAAGACAAUUAAAAUCUUUUUUUUUUUUUUCUGUUUU